CUGACGUCACGUCCCUCUUCCUCUUCUACCACCGCCGUAGUGGGGAAAGGACUGUGGUGAAAAUGUCGUCCCACAAGACCUUUAGGAUCAAGCGCUUUCUGGCUAAGAAGCAGAAGCAAAACAGGCCCAUUCCUCAGUGGAUCAGAAUGAAGACUGGAAACAAGAUCAGGUACAACUCCAAGAGGAGGCACUGGAGGAGGACUAAGCUUGGCCUGUAAACGCGACCUGGUCCAUGGAUCCAGCAUCCAUCCAUUCCAUCCCACCUGCUGGGCUUCACCUUUUAUCGUGGAGGGGGACUCGGUGUCAUCUGGAGUAGCGGCAGUUUUGUACAGAUUCUCUGGUUUGACAAUAAAAGAUCUGUGAUCAAGCUCCAA